CUCGGGCCUCCAAGGAUUUGUCUCUAGUCUUGAAGCAUCCCAGUUUGUCAAGCGGCACUAGUGGUUGUGAGUGAACUCGCCCAUCCAUUAUACAAUGGGGCCACUUGGAGUACCAUCAUGAUGGUUUUGAAAAAUGGCCUUUUAGGAAUUCAACAUAUGAAAAAUGUAUACCAAAAAGCAGAAAGGGAUGAGACCAUUCAGGGGGAAAUCGGCCUGGAAGUGACUGCUGAUAAAAAAGUUCACUCAUUAGUUCUAGACGGCCACUGCCAGACAUCAAAUAACCCCGAACUCCAGACAAUGUACCUGCCUGGCCGAGGAAUCUUGUUUACAUUCAUUUGCAAUUGGCCUCAUGGGUACUUUCUUUUUGCCAUGUCUCUGUCUUUGAGCUUUCAAUCUACUUGUGUUGGAAACUGGUAUCAUGCAGGUGGUGCAAAGCCAACUUGAUUAAUUCUUCAAAUGGUCAAGAUAUUGGAGUAAAUACUACAUAGGAUCGAGAAAAUGGUAUUUACAAUGGAAAUAAUUGCACAAUGUACCGAAGUUUUGUGCCUUCUUUGAAUUUACGUUUGCAUUUAUCAGUUCUGGAUCCAUACAUGUAUUUACUGAUUUGCUGUGUAUUCAAAACUACAGUAUAUCUCAUCAAGAUAUUCUCAUGUAUAUUUGUCCAGGUUUUUCACUCAAAUAAUGCAUCUCAGUUCUUAGGGUUAUCAUUU